AUGAACAUCAGUGGUGAUGAAGAACGACGUUCUAGUGGAGUUUUUAAUGUUCAGCCAUCGAUCGCACCACACCCGUCACAAAAUGGUUCCGGAGAACCGCCAUUGCAACAACCUCCAUUGCAAAUGCCGCCAUCGCCCCUAACGGAAAAUUCUUUGAUGAUGCAGAUUCUGCAACUCAUGCAGCAGCAAAUGACGCAGCAGCAGAAUAUUUUGGCACAGCUGAUGCAGCACCAAGGAUCGGGGUCAGGCCAAAAUUCACUCACAUCGCCCGAACAAAUUCUGGAUUCACUAUGCAGCCAUUUAAAGGAGUUUAACUAUGAUGCUGAAGCUGGAUCGACAUUCGCAGCAUGGUACAGCCGAUAUGAGGAUUUGUUCGAGAAAGAUGCAGCCCGCUUGAGCGACGAAGCGAAAGUGCGCCUUCUUAUGCGCAAACUGGAAACCCUCGAACACGAUCGACUGCCACCGGGUAUCAAGGUAGCCCCCGCUGCAUUCCAACAACUGAUGGACAAGAUGCUUGUUGGUCUACGUGGCGUCUCCAGCUAUAUGGACGACAUCAUUGUCGGAGGUAGGAAUCAAGAAGAGCACGAUGAAACUCAGCUUCAAACCCUAGGUCGUAUUCAGGAGUACGGUUUUACAAUCCGUGUCGAUAAAUGCUCGUUCAAUAAGUCACAAAUAAGAUAUCUAGGGCACAUAAUAGAUAGAAACGGCAUCAGUCCCGAUCCAUCCAAAGUAGAAGCGAUCAUUAAUCUGCCAGCACCGUCAGACGUCAGCGAAAGAAUGAAAUCGUUAGCUCGUAGCUACGUAUACUGGACUUCAAUAGAUAGUGAUAUAAGCGAAUGCGUAGCUUCUUGCGAGAAAUGUCAAACUGCAGCGAAAACACCAGCACAUUCACCUCAUGUUCCUUGGCCUAAAUCGUCAUCUCCAUGGCAGAGAGUUCAUAUCGAUUAUGCAGGCCCAGUAGAGGGAGAUUAUUUCCUUAUAAUCGUAGAUGCUUACUCCAAAUGGCCAGAGGUUAUUAAAACAUCAAGUACUACUGCUUCAGCGACCAUAGCAAUUUUAAGAGGAAUAUUUGCACGUUUUGGCAUUCCAGUUACACUGGUGAGUGAUAAUGGGACGCAAUUUACAAGCGGAAUUUUUGCAGAUUUUUGCACAAGUAAUGGCAUACAACAUUUAAGAACGGCACCUUUUCAUCCUCAAUCUAACGGCCAAGCUGAGAGGUUCGUAGAUACGUUCAAGAGAGCAAUGAAAAAGAUUUGUUCAGAUGAUACUUCGCUUCCUGAGGCAAUAGAUUUAUUUUUGCAAACAUAUCGAUCCACUCCAAACCCAGCCAUUGAUGAAAACAAAUCACCAGCCGAGGUCAUGAUAGGGCGUCAAAUGCGCACAUGUUUUGACUUGUUGCGGCCCACUGCUAUUUCCAAUGAGCCUAGAGUACCGGAUAAUAUGAGGGUUUUGCAUUGUGGAGAACUGGUAUACGUCAAAACGUUUUAUAGAAACAAUUGGAAAUGGGAGCCUGCAAUUGUAACAAAGAGAUGCGGUAGCGUUAUGUACGAGGUUAAAACUAGUUUCCAGCGUAUACUUCGUAGGCAUAUAAACCAAAUGCGCAGGCGUUCUGUAAGCUUCCAUCAAUCAAAUCGUCCUUCACAACCCAUGGCGUUGGAUGUACUCUUGGGAACGUGGAAUGUACAGCCAAGAACAUCACCGAUAUCCAGCGACGUAAAUCAGUGUACGCCAUUGCUAUCGUCUGUGUCGUCACCCAAUUCUAAGCCAGCUUCGUUCGCGUCUUCACCGUCAUCGUCACCAUCGUCUACAUUAUUAUCUACGUCUGAGUCAGCAUCGUCCACGUCCUCACCGUCAUCGUCAUCAUCGUUGUAUGAUUCGUCUUCAGUGUACACAUCAUGUUCACCACCACCUGAAGAAGAAUCUCCUGUACUGUUAGCUGAUAACAGUUCUGCCAAGCAAUUGGAAGAUGAUAAUGAGGGAACGCAGCUGGUACAAGCACCACGUCGAUCUUCUAGAAAUAAAAGACCUCCACGUUGGUUGAACCAGUACUAG